AGGAAAUGAAGGGGAGACGUAGACAGACAUAGAGACGGAGGGGAAAACUGCAGAUGAGGGUCAAUGGGGCUUUCCACUGUGUGGGAUCAGAAAAGGUAUGAGAAGUAGGUAAGAACGAGUGAAGAGAGGAAAGAAAUCUGUCACUGCCAGAUCAAACAUCACGCCGAGAGUGAACACAGAGCAGCCUGACAAACGAGUCAGAGUCAGAAAAUAAUGUGCCUACGGAGGUGAGAGAAAGCUGUCAUUUUUAUUUAGUUUUUUAAAAAAAAAAAACAACCUGAAGGCUCAGCUUUUUACGCACAAAGGGACGACCGUAUUGAAUGGGCUUUAAAUGACAARCAUGAAUUGUACAGCGCAGACGUACGUCUAUAAUGGGAGAUGCUGUGACCGCUGCCCUGCAGGUCAGUAUGUACAAGAUCACUGCAACGAAUCACAGAAGACGAAAUGUGCCAUUUGUCCACAUGGGUUCCACACAGCCACAGAAAACCACUUGACCAGUUGUCCAACCUGCAAGGAGUGUACUCACAGCAAAGGGAUAACAGUAAGAGCCUGUACGGCUAAAGAGAACACAGUCUGUGGGUGUGAAGCAGGUUUCUACUGUAGCAAUGAGAACUGUGACCACUGCCAGCCCCUGACACGCUGCCCGAUGGGUAGAGGAGUUACAGUUCAAGCCAGUCGAACGAGUGACUUAAUUUGUGAUCCGUGUAAAGAGGGAACCUUCAGCAACGUCACAGAUUUCUCCUCACCCUGUGUACCACACACCAGCUGCGACAACCUUGGAAAAAAGCUGCAAACUCCAGGAACCUUACAAACUGAUGCCGUCUGUGGGAACUUCAAAACAUAUUGUCCUUGGAUACUCCCUGCAGGCCUGUGGGUUGGACUCGUGUUGACCAUAAUCGUUGCGGCUGCUUUCAUCUUCUGGAGAGUAAAACACAGACAAAACAGAAGAGCCCAUUCCAGUGUUCCUGUCACUCAUACGGAGGUAGCUCGUCCAGAACAGCCAUCUCACUGCCAAGAGACCUGCAUCAUGAACGACAAUAAAUUACCUCUUUUCACUUCAGAGCCUCAGGAGGACGAGUGGUGGGGGGCGUCCUAACA